ACAAUUUGUGCGCAUGUUGUCAUGGUAUGGGAAGGUCUAGUCUAGAGUUAUAAAUGGGACGAAAAUCACCGAUAACAACUGUUGACUUGAACGAGGUUGUGUGUACUAUAGGAUUUCCCUUCCAGGAAUUGUGAAUUGAUAGUGUAUUGUCACACAAGCUGAAAGCAUCGUGGAUUAUAGACAUUUAUCUUUUACAAGAACUUCAAGGGAUUUAUUAUUUUGGUGAAGUUGGUGAUAUUUUUAAUUUCUUAUGUGGAGUUGCUAAUGCAGCUGUUAUUUUGGAGGUGGCUAGUUGUUGACAUUUCGUCAGGGUUGUGUGGAUUUGUUGACAGUGGGCAUUUCGCCGUUGUGCGUGUAACCUUGCUGACAAGAUCUCUGUGUACUCAAGAUCUGUGUGUAGUCUAGCUCUGGGUAGUCUAGCUCUGGGUAGUCUAGCUCUGUUUAGUCAGGCUCUGGGUAGUCAAGCUCUGGGUAGACGCUACAAGUCAUGGAGGGGGACGGAAUCUUCCUGAGGCACGUGCAGCCACUGAACCAGAACGGCCAGAACGGACAGAGCAACCCGGGCUACACCAAGGACGAGGCCGAUCGGCCUUAUGAGAACGGGAAAAAUGGCAUCAACAAUCAGGUUAAACUGGACGAAAGCACCAAAGUGGACUUGGAGCCACACAACGCCUACGACCAAGAGAAUGAGACUGUGGGCAUGUAUUCCUCCACCAAAGAGAUUGUUCUACAGAAGAAAAACUUCGACAUCAACAACGCCAGCUGUUUCUCCAAGGGGAUCAUGUGGGCCCAGGAGAGUUUCACGAGAGUAUGCACGGAGAAGAAGAGAAUAUUACUUCUGAUUGUAGGCGUAAUAUGCCUGAUGGCAUACUUUGCCUACUUCGGCUACGCCAUGUACUACAGAUUUGGGGACGAGGGAUCCCUACGUCUGCUUGUGUGUACCAUCAUCGGCGUCCUGCUGUUGGUCUACAGUUUCCUUGGCGACACCGUGCUCAAGCCCGUCCAUGAUAAGGUCGACUUUUUUCUAGGGGACGUCACUCAUGAGAAAAAGAGAAGGAUAAUUCGUUGGAUUCUGUACAUCAGCAGCACCAUCUGUAUGGUGACCCUCAUCAUCGUGGUUGUGGCACUGGACAGUCCCAGGAAUCUUCUGUCCCUGGCUGGUCUAGCAGCGUUCUUGGUGCUCUGUUUUCUGACGUCAUACAGUCCAGCUAUGAUUGACUGGCAUCCUGUCUUCUGGGGCUUCUCCGUACAAUUCUACUUCGCCAUCAUCAUCUUGAAGACCCGCUGGGGGUACGAGACCUUCCAGUGGCUGGGGGACCGGGUCACAGAGUUCCUGGCUUACAGUGACGCAGGGGCCAAGUUUGUCUUCGGGGACUACGCCAAGAUUGUGCCCUUCAAGGGGGAACCGAUCGAGUUCUCUGGAGUUUAUACGCUCCACUUUUUUGCCUUUGCGAUCAUGCCUGUUAUAACAUUCUUUAGCACCGUGAUCUCUGUGCUGUAUUACCUUGGCGUGAUGCAGAAGAUUAUUCUCGUCAUUGGCAGGUUCCUAUCUUUCUGUCUGGGGACCACUCCAGCGGAAUCACUCAACGCUGCGGCCAACAUCUUCGUCUCCAUGACCGAGUCCCCCCUGAUGAUCCGCCCUUUCAUCCCAACCAUGACCAGUUCUGAGCUUCACGCCGUCAUGGUUGGAGGAUUCGCUACAAUCGCUGGGAGUGUUCUGGGGGCGUACAUAGGAUUUGGGGUGCCCGCUGACCAUCUACUGUCCGCGUCAGUCAUGUCUGCCCCUGCUGCCCUGGCUAUAUCAAAGAUCACAUACCCUGAGAUUGAGGUGCCCAUUGUCAAGCCAGAGGACUACGACAAAGUUGAGAAAUCGGACGAAGGGAAUGUGAUCGAGGCCGCCUGUAACGGUGCCAUCAUGUCUGCCAAGAUCAUCGCCUGUGUCGUCGUCAACGUCAUGGCCUUCCUGUCCUUGUUGAAGUUCGUCAACGCCACCCUCACCUGGUUCGGUGACAGGGUGGGGGUGGAGAACUUGACGUUUGAGCUGAUAUGCUCCUAUAUCCUCUACCCUGUGGCACUGUUUAUGGGGACAGAACCUGACGACUGUAGACAGAUCGCCGAACUGGUUGGCAUCAAGACAUUCACCAAUGAGUUCAUAGCCUACCAGAAGUUGUCCGUUCUGCUGAGCAACCGUAAACAGUACACACAGUACGUACACUUACACGGGACCAACUCCACAAGUUUUGAUGGCGAUGAUAUCCUGCUGGGGGACGGGACUCGUUUGGUGAAGGGAAUUAUUUCACAUCGGUCUGAGAUCAUCGCUACCUACGCCCUAUGUGGGUUCUCCAACAUCGGCUCCAUGGGGAUCCUCCUGGGGAGUCUGUCGGCCAUGGCGCCCACACGGAGGUCCACCAUGUCUAAGAUCAUUUUCAGGGCCAUGAUCACGGGCAACGUCGCUUGUUUCUUCACUGCGUGCAUUGCCGGUCUGUUUUUCCAAGAAUUUGAUUAACGAGAAAUGUGAUAAAUAAAAAACUUAUUUGUUUUAUUUGUUGAUUAUAACACAUUCCUGUUUCUUAACUUACAUUUGGAGUUUAUCAGAUGAAAAAUCGGAUAUUUUACUUCAACUUUAAAACUUAAUGUAAAAAAUAUAUCUAUGAAAUUUGUUUAUAUUAGCAUUUCUAUAUUAGAACUUUAUUUUACGUAUGUUUUCAAUCAUUUAAUUUAUGUGAAAAAUGAUGCAUAGCCACACAUAUAUUUAUUGUUAGAUCAAAUCAAAUACUGUUUUUUUUUAAAACUUAAUUUCGAGUUCAUGAAGAAAAAAAAAUUCGCUCUCACUUUCAAUUUUGAAUCAUGAAUUAAUUAACUUAUUUUAUUUAACCAUCUGACCAAACAAUUUAUUAUGUUAGCAUCUAUAAUUAAAUGUAUUAAUCUUAGCAUUUUUAACUUAUAAAUGUGUUCAGACAUUUUUAAAGGCAUUCUUUUUUUUUUAGAAAACGUAUAGGCAUUGUAUACAUCAUUCAUGCUGUUUAUUUAUACCAGCAUUAUUUUCCAUACAAAAUUUUCUAUUCACUUUUCCCAAGGAUAACGUUUACUUUGGAGCAUUUUUUAAACAUCUGAUUUAUAACACAAGUCAUAUCAAACAGUUUACAACUUAGUACAUUUUUUUUUAUUAUGAAUCUAUUAUAUCUAUUGAAGCUGUUUAUUUAAUUACUUGUGGGUAUUAUUUUAUACUAGAGUGUUCAUCCUACUGCCACAUUCUUUAAUGAAAAUUAUUUAAUCAAACACAACUAUUUUUCACUAAAUUAUACAAUAUUAAUAACAAAUUUAAUAAAAUAUUGGAAAUUAUUUUUGUAAAUGUUAAAGAUACUAAAUUGAAAUCUUCAGAUUCUCCGUUCUAAGAUGUAAAAGGGCACUAACAUGUUCACUACUAAUUUAUCUUACAACAUUGUCACUGUGGUUUGAAGUUUACUAUAGACAUUGCAAGAGCGGUUUUUAAUUGUAUUUAAGCAUACAGAUCGAACUGAAUUCGAAUUUUUAAUAAUCACAACACAAUGGUGCAUUUAAAAAAACAUUAAACACUAUAGCAUUGCCCUUGUCUUUCUUCUGUGAUAAGUUAUAAAGUAAAUGUUUUACCAUAAAUUAAUCAAACUAUUUUCGUUAGAAUUUUAGAGUGGUUAAGUCAUAAAACGCUGCUCGUUAUCAAUAACAAUUUUGAAUGUGUUCAAUUAUACCCUCUUAAAUGCGUUUUUUUUUAUUUUAACAUAAGAUAAACAUUACACCAAAAUAUUGUGUGGCAGUUUUUGUUAAGUAUGUAAAUAACUUCUUAUACAAAUAUUGUAUGCUUUAAUUCUAUUUUAUAAUACAACGACUUUCUACAUUUAAAUUGAACCUAAGUAAAAUGAAAACUUUAAAUGUUCUAUUUUUAUUUAUUUUUAAAAUAACCCCUUGUAUAUUCUUGUUUUGGUUGUGAUUUCGUAAACAUAUUUUAAAAAUAGAUAGAAAUCACUACAGGGUCAGGAGUUUAAAUUUUAAAAUUGUUUUAGCCCUUUAUUUUUCGUUAAGAGCUUUACGCUUUUAGUUUCUUAGUUUAGAUAUAAAGAACAAAACAGAACAAUGUAGAUUGUUGGUAAAUGUCUUAAUGUCUUA